AUGGUUCAAGUCAGCUCGACUGGUCCCUUUUCGAUGAAAAACAAUCAAUACGGUGAGCAUGAGAUUGCCGAGCCGGAGAUGGCUGAGGAAGUCGCGCUUGUCGCUGAAGAGCCGGUGGCAGCGCUUCGCCCCAACUAUUUUCCGCCGUCGCCGCCAGCGGAAGGAAGGCCGAUGGGAGAAGAAUUGUGGCGCUUCAAUCCUCCAGAUUCUCCAGAUAGCAUGCGCGAUGAGCCACUUCGCGACGUAAUUGAUGAGCGCUCGCUGUCACCGGCAUUUCUUGUCAACCAUGGGAUUUUCGUUGCGCUGAAUAAUCGCCAAUUUCGCUACACUCCGUAUUCGCCGGAUGACACACCGAGCUCAUCGAACUCUCCAGGUCAAAUGGAGCGCUAUGAGCUCUCGCCGGCACCAUACGUCAACGUGGAUGGACUCAAAGAAUUCCAUGGUUUCGAGAACGAGAUUCGCGGACUCCAGUUGAUGGAAACGCAGCCAGCUGCGCAGAAUCGUAAACGCAAAACGACCGGGUCGUCCGAGGAGUUUGAGGCUCCAGUUGAAAAACGCGUACACUUCGAGCUGAACAAGAAGGAUUUGCGCAAGAAGUCAAUCUCGGGAAAUAACUCGAAAAUCACAUCGGGUUUCAUCAUUUCCGAUAAUCACACCGGACGUGGAGGCAACACUAGCAGUGAGGAUUUCGUCAACGUUGAAUUCGAAUCAUAUGAUUGGUCGAAGCCAUCUUCCAGCGAGCCGGAUCCAUUCGAUCCGCGUUGGCAACAAGGAACUUCCAGCUCUUCUCAAUAA